CCAAUCAGAAGCAUUGACGCUGGUUACAGUUUAGCGCGUCCACUCUCGAGCAUAGCUAAGUUUGCGAGCUUUGUAUUGAUGAGCAGAUUGCCUGUUUGAUUGGGGGAAAAAGGGAUUUUUAAGCGUACCGAUAGUUUCUUCUUUAAUUGUAAACAUUUGUUUAUGUAAUGUAAAAAAAACUGUCUUCUUCAUAUGUGUACAUUUGUUUUUAUCCGGAAAAGUCAUCAUAUUUAGUAGCUGCUAAAGCUAAUGGCGGCUAACUAAAAGCCUUUUACUAUGUUCUGUGGAGCGUUUCCUCUUUUGUUAUCACGUCAAGCAGUUCAUAAAUAAGAGCAAAACCACUCCACAUUUUGGAUGGCGGUGGCUCCGGCCUCGAUGGCAGAUAAGAUCAUUGUCCUCGAUGAUGAGGAUGGAGUGGACAGCCCCCAGCCUUCUUGCUCCACCGCCGCCUCUCCCAAGGAGCGUCAAACCAAAAUUCAGCAGCCGGUGUCCACCCACAUCACUCAGUCACCUUUUGCCUCCAGUAAGAAGGAGGUGACAGUCCUGCGGGCAGAGAAUCAGAAGUUGUUCACUGAGUUUGUGGAGCACUGCUCAGCUCUCACUAAGGACUGCCCUGAGGUCUUGACCUUCCUCCAAACGAAGCACACCAAGGCCUGCCCCAACUACCUGUCCUCCGUGGAGUUCAGGAACACCCUGGGACGCUGUUUGACCCGCGCUCAGGCCAACCAGUCCAAAACCUUUGUUUACAUCAAUGAACUCUGCACGGUGCUCAGGCAACACGCAGCCAAGAAGAGGCACAUCGUCCUUAAGGUGGACCACUCUACCUCCUCGUCCAGUACUCACCAGUCUACCUCUGUGUCGCUCAAAAGCAAAUUCAAAGAGGAGGAAAACGGGGUAGAUCUAACUGCAGAGAGAGAUCAACCCUCCACCUCAGCAGUGCAGGACGACAGUAAAGAAGAGGCCGAAGAAGCAGAGAGAAAAAGCAAGAGGGCGUCCAGGAAACAGAUCGCCUACCUGGAGAACCUCCUGAGGGUCUACAACGAUGAGAUCUGCCGCCUGCAGCAGGCCGAGCUGAGUCUGGAUGAGCUGGGAGCCGAGGACUCCACGUACAUCCAGGAGCACAAACUCAAGCGGAAGAUGAUGAAAAUCUACGAAAAGCUGUGUGAGCUGAAGGGCUGCAACACCCUGACGGGCCGGGUCAUAGAGCAGCGGAUUCCCUACAGCAGCACGCGUUACCCCGAGAUCAACAGGAGGAUCGAGCGCUUCAUCAACAGCGCCGAGGCCCACGCCAACCCCCCGGACUACCUGGACAUCCUGCAGCAGGUGACGCGCACCAACGCGCGCCACAACCUGUGCCUGAGCAAAAGGCAGCUGACCCAGAUCGCCCAGGACGCCUUCAGGGAGACGGGCAGCCGCAUGCAGGAGCGCCGCCACCUGGACCUGGUCUACAACUUCGGCUCGCACCUCACCGACACCUACAAGCCCGGCACCGACCCGGCGCUCUCUGACCGCUCGCUGAUGCGAAAGCUGCAGUCCAACAGAGAGGUGGCUGUGUCCCGGUUGGAGGAGGUCAUCACCAAAUACGCCGUCAAGCAGGAGGACAGCGAGGAGCAGGAGCGGGGCAAACGCCUGGAGAAAGACAGCAGGGACAAGGAGGCUCACAAAUUGGGAAAAGAAGCAGGGUCAAAGGAGGCGAACGGGGUGGAAGAGGAGGAGGAGGACGAGGAGGAGGAAGAAGAGGAAGAUGCAUCCUCAGAUCCAGACAUAGAGGAGGAGAUCCAGGCCAGCACCCAGCAGGAGGGACCAGACGACGACAACGAGGACGCAGACGAGGACGCCGACGCCAACGAGGACGCCGACGCCAACGAGGGCGAGACCAGGGAGGAUCAGAGCUCCGAUCAGGAGGGGGGCGUCUCGGCCGGAGAGGAGGCGCCCGCCACCAGCGGGAGCCCCGUCUCCGACGAGACCAAGUCCCAGAUCUCCCCCCUGUCCGACCUGCCCUCCCCCAGGGACAGCCCCGGCCAGUCGGAGGCCGCGCCCCCUGACCACCAGCAGCCGCUGUCCAACGGAGAUCCCGUGGACUCCUCCAAUCAGGUGUCCAUCGUCUUCGUCCGCACCAACCCCCUCAGCCAGGACGCCGGCGUGGGCUCGCCGGCGGCAGCCAAUGGGGAGGCGUCCCCCGCGCCCCGGACGGUCACCGUGGAGCAGUGUGACACGCAGACGUCCAACGGCACCUCGCCGCCGCCCAGCCCCAGAACCACGAGGGGCACGAAGAGGAAGAGGGAGGAGAAGACGCCAGAGGACAUAAAGCACCAGAUCAUCCGGGACAGUGAGGCCGACAUCCCUCUGGAUAUGGGCGUCGUCAGCUACUGCUCGCCAGCGUGGGCGGAGUCCAGCCGGGCAGACACGCCCACUCAGGAUCUGGUCAGCAGCUCGCAGUCCACGCCGCCCCCCAAAAGGAACAAGGUCAACGUGGCGACUCAGUGCGACCCGGAUGAGAUCAUCGUCCUGUCGGACUCGGACUGAACCGCCGAUAUCUGAACUCUUCCACCUUCGCCAGGAGGAAAAAGAAAUUCUACAGUUUAGAAGAAAGCGUCCAUGUAAAUCUUGUUUUAGGAGUCGAGAUCUCAAGCUGCCAAACGAAAGCCCAGCCGACCUCUCAGGCCGGCGCCGCCUGGACGCCGCCGGUUCGGCUUGGGGCCCAACCCAGAACUUCAGGUCAGAUUGGUGCCCGGUCGGACAAACGGCGCCGCCCUGGUGGCGGGUUCUGUUCCUGCAGGACGCUGGCCGGCUGACACAAAGCUUAGUUUACAUUUUUAUAUAUCCACAGAGGAUCUCCUCCACCAAUCAGAGGGAGUUUGGGGGGUUUUGAGGGGACGUCUUAGUUGCUGUUGGUAUUUAUAGGAAUUUCAGAGUGAGCCGGCUGCGUGGUGGUUUGUCAUUAUGUCGUUUCUGCUUCCAGGUCGCCCUUUAAGUCUUUGUCACGGUUUCACAGGUUUGUGGAGGUGGCGAAAUUAAAGUUAAAGUUUCAACACUCGCUUUGGUUUGAGCCGUUUCCUCUGCAGGAAAAUCAUGUCGGGAUGCUGCUCUCGUUUUGUUAUUCUGCUCCAUCGAGUGGAGACGUUUCCACACGCCCUGCUGCCACAAAUGUGUUCUGAUUAAUCCACCUCAGAAAGUAGUCCCAAACCCCCAGAGCUGCAGCAUCCGGCCGCCGGAAUAAGAAAAGACAACUAUUCAUAUUUGGACUCGUUGACAUGGAGAAAAAUAAAGCCUCUAAUUUCUUUAAGCAGCUUUAGAAGAGAAUGUUUUCACUUUAAUGCCUCUCAAACGGCUUCAAAAUCCAUCAGAACACACACUAAUUCAGUCCAAAAAAAGAAAAUUGAACCAAGCCCAGAAACUUUUAACCAAUCAGAGCACAGUUAUCCCCCCAUCCAGAGUCCUCACAGCUCAGAUUUUUCCGUUAUUUUUUUUACUUAAAAGGUAUUUAAGGUGAGUUUUGUUUGAAUUACAUAGUAUUAAAUUUGUAAUAAGAUAAGGGAUCAAUAAGAUCCCUCAUUUUUGGUGUUCUGAAUAAAGUCUGAUGUGUUUGUAUCUGUGUGUCGCAGCACUGAUGUGGGGAAACUUUCCACUAUUCUAUUUCUUUUGCUUUAUUCAUUCAGAAUCCCAUUUUCUUUCACUUUAAGCUGAUUGGUGGAACAUUUGGGGGAAGGAAGCUCUUUUCAGAGUUAUUAAAACAGCUGGAAUCGUUUAUGCCGCGGAGUGACUCAUCAUUCACUGUGAAUUUUUCCUUUUUGAUAUUCAAAUAAAUGAUAGAUUUUGUUAUAAAA